UGUAGGGAGGAGGCUCUGUGGCUCCCCUCACUGAGGUUCUCUCUCCCCACAGGCCCUGCAAAGUCAGCUUUGAAAUGUGCAGUGAGGUGGGGCUUACCUCACCUCAACUGCUCAGUCCCCCACAGGACAAAGUCAGAGUCCUUCUGCUGACCCUUCAAACUCCUCUUCGCCUUAUUCAAGCUACCCCCUCCAUCCUUAACACUUCUCUGAUCCAGUUCUUACCCACCUCCUUCCUGUUACUUAAAAACUUUUCCUGAAUUUCCCAGACAAGCCCUUCCUCGUCCCCCGCCCCCAACAGCCCUCCUGUUAGCCAGUCUCCUCUGGGCUACCUUCCUUAUGUCCUUAGUUCUUGCUGGGGUCCAGCGAAAUGGCCAGCAUUCCACCCCACCCCAUUACCUGGUAUUUUUAACACUCCCUAACUGUAGUCCCUACCACCUCAGCCCAUAGAUUGACAUAGAGGGCUGUCCCUCCCACAUCUUUCCCUUCUUCUAGCACAUUCCAUCCCACCAUUAUGUCAGCACAACCACUCUUACUUCCUACACCCUCUACCAAAACCUCUGCCUCUUUCCUCUCCUCUCUAAGGCUCUCCACAGCCAAUUUCUGGCCAACUUUUGUGUUAUCCAGUGCUCUCUCAUUUACAAUCUGAUCAGGCCCAUAAAAAACCCCCUUGACAAAGGUCUUUGUUAAUCCCACCAUCCCCAACCGUCCCCUGUGGUAACUUUAUUCCUCCUCCAGCUCUCCCCUCUGGACCUCUGCCCUUCCCUCCCAGCUCCAAGGUCAGUCUCAUCUCUGCACUGUGGACUGCCUCCCACCAUGUUCCCCUGAGCCCCCUCUCUGGGGAGCUCAGGGGCCCGAUGGCCUCCCGCCCCUGUGGCCCCACAGCCCCGGCGGGCCAGGGGAAGCACCUCCGCAGCCAGGGUGCCGAGGAUGGGCAACCGCACGUGGGAGGGCUGCCAUGUGGACUCCCGUGUGGACCACCUCUUCCCGCCCUCGCUCUAUAUCGUCGUCAUUGGCGUGGGGCUGCCCACCAACUGCCUGGCCCUGUGGGCUGCCUACCGCCAGGUGCGGCAGCGCAACGAGCUGGGCGUGUACCUCAUGAACCUGAGCAUCGCCGACCUGCUGUACAUCUGCACGCUGCCUCUGUGGGUGGAUUACUUCCUGCACCACGACAACUGGAUCCACGGCCCCGGCUCCUGCAAGCUCUUCGGCUUCAUCUUCUACACGAACAUCUACAUCAGCAUCGCCUUCCUGUGCUGCAUCUCGGUGGACCGCUACCUGGCCGUGGCCCACCCGCUGCGCUUCGCCCGCCUGCGCCGCGUCAAGACGGCCGUGGCCGUGAGCUCCGUGGUCUGGGCGACGGAGCUGGGCGCUAACUCGGCUCCCCUGUUCCACGACGAGCUGUUCCGGGACCGCUACAACCACACCUUCUGCUUCGAGAAGUUCCCCAUGGAGGGCUGGGUGGCCUGGAUGAACCUCUACCGGGUCUUCGUGGGCUUCCUCUUCCCCUGGGCCCUGAUGCUGCUGUCCUACUGCGGCAUCCUGCGGGCCGUGCGCGGCAGCGUGUCCACCGAGCGCCAGGAGAAGGCCAAGAUCAAGCGGCUGGCCCUCAGCCUCAUCGCCAUCGUGCUGGUGUGCUUCGCGCCCUACCACGUGCUGCUGCUCUCCCGCAGCGCCGUCUACCUGGGCCGCCCCUGGGACUGUGGCUUCGAGGAGCGGGUCUUCUCGGCGUACCACAGCUCGCUGGCCUUCACCAGCCUCAACUGCGUGGCGGAUCCCAUCCUCUACUGCCUCGUCAACGAGGGCGCCCGCGGAGACGUGGCCAAGGCCCUGCACAGCCUCCUGCACUUCCUGGCCAGCGACAAGCCACAGGAGAUGGCCAGCGCCUCCCUCACCCUCGAGACCCCACUGACUUCCAAAAGGAACAGCGCGGCCAAGGCCACGGCGGCGGCCCGUCCGCCCCAGGGGGACCAGGUGCAGCUGAAGAUGCUGCCCCCCGCACAGUGAACCCCCACGCCUCCCCUCCACGGCUGGUCCGGUGUGUGCAAGUUACGUGCAAUUAAGACCAUGUUAAUAUUCACAAGAAUAUACACAGGGAAACCAACCGUGAGGGCGGUGUUCUCACUGGGCCGGGGCCCCCAGCAGUCCGGCUGACGUGACACGGGUCCCAUGCUGGGUGGCGGCAGUGACACCAUGGGACACACGACGGCCCUGGCCUCACGGGCCCCGACCC